UCUGGUAACGUUCACUGCAUUGCUGAGAGUGACAUAUUACCAUUUAAACUUUACCAAUUCUAGAAUAACAUUGUAUUAACGACAGCUAAAAUGGUUGAUCGCGAGCAACUGGUGCAGAAAGCCAGGCUGGCCGAACAGGCUGAAAGAUAUGAUGAUAUGGCAGCAGCCAUGAAAUCGGUGACAGAGUUGAAUGAGGCCUUGUCCAAUGAGGAGAGGAACCUGCUCUCUGUGGCCUAUAAGAAUGUGGUAGGGGCGCGGCGCUCGUCCUGGCGCGUCAUCUCCAGCAUCGAGCAGAAGACCUCGGCGGACGGCAACGAGAAGAAGAUGGAGAUGGUGCGUGCGUACCGCGAGAAGAUCGAGAAGGAGCUGGAGACCGUGUGUCGGGACGUGCUCAACCUCCUGGACAACUUCCUGAUCAAGAACUGCAACGAGACGCAGCACGAGAGCAAGGUGUUUUACCUGAAGAUGAAGGGCGACUACUACCGCUACCUGGCCGAGGUGGCCACGGGCGAGAAGAGGGUCGGUGUGGUGGAGUCCUCUGAGAAGUCCUACAGCGAGGCCCAUGAGAUCAGCAAGGAGCACAUGCAGCCCACCCACCCUAUCCGCCUGGGUCUGGCCCUCAACUACUCCGUGUUCUACUACGAGAUCCAAAAUGCACCUGAGCAGGCCUGCCACUUGGCCAAGACCGCCUUCGAUGACGCCAUCGCUGAGCUGGACACCCUGAACGAAGACUCCUACAAAGACUCUACCCUCAUCAUGCAGCUGCUACGAGACAACUUGACACUCUGGACCAGCGACCAGCAGGAUGACGAGGGUGGUGAGACCAACAACUAGAGAGUCCCUAAAGAGACCCCCGUGUCCUGUUUCAGCCAAUACACACAACACCCCGCUCCCUCACAAAUCACAACAAAAUAUGAAACCAGUUCUUAGAAAUAAAUGAUUUGGCUGGUGGAACUUUGGCAGCCACUUUUGCCGUUGAUGAUACUACCGCAGCUGCAGUUCUUCAUUUGUACACAAAUUUAAAAAGUUAAGAAAAAAUUGAAAGAGGAGUAGGAAGGGAGAUGAUUUUAGUUUUUAGUAUAGUUAAAGAAUAAAUAGUUGAACCCCUUCCUUCUUGAUUACCUCUGCGACAUUUGCCAAACCACUUAAGAGGAAGAAGUUCUGUAUCUCAAACAGUCAGUCAGGAAGUAGAGUCUGGCUAUUUGGUUAGCAAUGACACCCUCAUACUGGCAUAAAGACUGUUCUUAUGGCACUAAAUGAAAUGGAGCUUCUUAUUUAACUGAUGUGGUGAGGGAGGAGGAGCAUUCAAAAUCGUAAGGGGAGAUAGAAGCUUGUGCAAAAAAAAA